AUGGAUUGCAGUAGUGGUAACUCUGAUUUCUUAUCUCUGGAAUCGUCCGAUUGUGACUCCUUCCAUAGCAUUGACUCCUCCACGCCUACCCUAAAUAAUACCUUAUCCUCUAUUUUUCAAAACUUGCCUAAGCACUUCAAUGUUGUACACAUUAACGCCCAGAGCGUUCCAGCUCAUCACACAGAUCUCCUUACGUUGGCCUCUAAAGACAUCCAUGCCAUACUUAUUUCUGAAACUUGGUUCAAUCCUUCCCUUUCCUCUGGUACUUACUCUCUUCCUGGUUACAAUUUAAUUAGAAAUGACCGACUCGGCAUGCGUGGAGGUGGUGUGGCAAUUUACUUACGUUCUCACAUCCCCUUCUCCAUCAUUAGCUCAUCGCCACAGCCUCCACCUAGCAAUGCAGCCGAGCAUCUCCUUAUCGAAGUUCUUCUAUCCAACUCUAAGCUUCUCCUGGGAGUCUUCUAUUCCCCUUCAUCAUCGGUGGACUACUUUGAUUCCUUUGAAGACACCAUUGACCAAUUUUCUCCCUUAUAUAAAAACACAAUAGUCAUGGGUGACUUUAACACAUGUCUGCUGAAAAAUGAUUCUCGCUCCAGACGGCUCCUUUCUUUAACUCACUCUUACAACCUACAAAACUUAUAUCUUAACGCUACGCAUAAAGUCCCCGGAUUUACUCCGUCACUAUUGGAUCUUAUUUUUGUUUCCUCUCCUCACCUUGUCACUAAGCAUGGGCAACUUCCUGCUGUCGCCUUCUCUCACCAUGACCUUCUCUAUCUCUCCUUUAAAGCGAAGCCACCCAAGCAGAAGCCCACGGUAGUUAUGCGUCGCAGCUUUGGUGGAAUCGACCAUGAUAGCCUACUCAGUGAUGCAUCCAAAAUUGACUGGAGUGGUCUGUACGACUUAGCUAACCUCGACGACAAAGUUCAGUUGUUCACUUCUUCCAUCACAAACCUCUAUGAUAAGCACGCCCCAUUGAGACGUGUUAAACUUAAACAUUUACCUGCUCCCUGGCUCUCUGAUGAGAUUAAAAGAUUGAUUCACAAAAAAAACAGAGCCAUAGCUAAAAUGAGAACUGCCAAAUCUGAUGCGGAGCGCGAAAAAUAUAAAGUAGUUCGCAAUCGUUGUAAUACUCGCUGUCGUGAUGCUCAAAGGCAACAUAUCCACGACUCAGUAUCCAAUGGCGACACCUCAAAAAUCUGGAAGUUCCUCAAAACCUUGGGGAUUGGCAGAUCGGCACAGAAUGUUAUUUCUUCAGCAAUAGAUAUAAACAACCUUAACUCUCACUUCACCUGUUCUCCUGCCCACGAUAAGUCUUCUCUUAGGAAGACAAUCAAUAAACUAGCUUCUCUUCCAACUCCAAACUUCAUGCCUUUUAAUUUCACUGAAUUCACCGAGCGCGAAGUGGAGGGUUGCAUCCAGUCUAUCUCGUCGGAUGCUGUUGGUUGUGAUGAAGUUAGUCGUGCUAUGAUCUUACCUAUCUUGCCAGCUAUUCUUCAAGUUAUUACUCAUAUUUUUAAUUAUUCAGUUACUAGUGGUAAAUUCCCUACUUCUUGGAAGGAUAGUCUAGUUAUUCCUAUUCCCAAACGGCCCGAUCCCAUUAACUUUUCUGACUUCCGGCCCAUUUCUAUUCUACCAUUCCUAUCUAAAGCUCUAGAGCGCCUUAUACACUCGCAGCUUAGCGGAUUUCUGAAUAAAAACUCAAUUCUAGACCCUCUCCAAUCGGGUUUCCGCCCGGGGCAUAGCACGACUACGGCAUUGGUUAAAGUUUGUGACGACAUUCGCCGAGGGAUGGAUGGUGGGCAGCUCACUGUUCUCACUCUGCUUGACUUUAGCAAUGCUUUCAAUACUGUGAACUUUGAAAUUCUGCUUGGGUUGCUUCGCUCUAUGAAUAUCUGUCCAUCCGCUAUUGACUGGUUUCAUAGCUAUCUUAACGGUCGUCGGCAGCGUAUUAAAAUGAAUGAUGCUUACUCUCAGUGGAAUAAUAUAAGUGCUGGUGUUCCGCAGGGUGGCGUUCUUUCACCUCUUCUUUUUCUAUAUUUAUCAACACCCUGA